AUGCAAGUCAUGGAUAUUUAUUCUACAUGCCAGGUUAUCGAUACCAAAAAAGUUCCCGGCUUUUUCUCUCGCUAUCCCGCUGCUAUAAGUGUGGGUGCUACGGAUGUUGAAAGUGCAUUGUCGGCCAUUGCUCAAGAGGCUUCCCAGCCUGACUCAAGAGAAAGACGUCGCGCGCUAAUUCGGUACUCCAAUGCCUAUGGAGAUCCAUUUUCGAUAUGUCAUUGCUCUGCCGAAGUCGAAAGACUGGUUCUGCUUGCUAGCAUAAUCGAGGUCAUGUGGAUACAUGAUGAUGUAACAGAAGAACUAGAUCAUAGCGCAGCAUGCAGAGAACACAGUGCGCUUGCCGAAGUACUGAGAAUCGACGUGCAGCCUUCAGAUUUCACUUCAAAGAACGUACGACAAAGCGCACUAGCGACUGUAUUGCGCAAAGCAAUCGAUUUAGAUCCAGAGAAGGCGCCUAGAAUGAUCGAAACCCUGCAGGAUUAUCUUGCGACUUUUGAUAGUCGAGACGACGACUUUGAUCGAAUGGAGGAGUAUAUGCCUUAUAGAGUUGCAAACUGCGGCUAUUGGAUAUCAUCUUACUUCAUUCGUUGGGGAACGGGAAUUACGCUUAGUCAUACUGAUUAUGAAUCAAUACAGCAAUAUGACUUUACGAUGGGAAAUAUACUUGGCUUAACAAACGACUAUUUCAGUUGGAAUAUUGAGAAAAAUCAGACUACGGAUCGAAUCAGGAACGGAGUGAGAGUGCUAAUCAAACAGCAUAAAAUAUCACCUGAUGCUGCAAAAUUAUUGCUUCUCGGAUUGAUAGUUGAGGAAGAAAGCAAAGCUGUCAGACUCAAGAAAGAGCGCUUGAAGCGACCAGUUUCGCGCGAGUUAUCUAUGUAUUUUGAGGCUAUUGAGCUCUAUGUUGGUGGAAGUUGCUUUUGGCAUGCGACGGCGCCUCGUUAUCGCGUUUUUGAAUGA